CAAAUAUACUGAUAAUACACGUUAGCAAUACUAAACCUAAAAAUGUGGGUACAAUAAUAAUCGAUAAUAAACAAGCUCUAUCGUUGUCUAGGGGAUAAGGAAUUAUCAUAUGUGAAUAUAAAGUUCAGUUCGUUCAUGUAGGCUGUGGUAGUUGUUGAUUCUUUUGUUGUAACCGUUGGAGGGAGAGAGAGAGAGGGCGAGCAAACAGUGACAGCUACAGUCAUUCAAACCUUCCUUUACUUUCUUGAUCUGUCGAUGUGUUGUUGUGGCCAUUCAGGUAUGACCCCUCUGUCCUUUAGCUAGACCGUUCUUCUAUGGUGGACUCGACACCCAGGCAAGGGUGGACACACACACAAGCCCCCACCGGCCUUGCUAUAAACACUGUGAGUUAAAAUUGACCGAUCCUUUGUUCGGUCUCCGAUGCCCCACACUUUUCUCGUGGGUUCCAACACUUAAACAGUGCUCACUGGUGUGUCUCUUGGUGUGUCUGAGGGGUGUCUCCCCAGACCUCACUUUUAUCCCUACUCACGGGGUCUCAGGUGUCAAUCAGUUUUGAAUGGCUGAGCCCAUCAAACCAGCCCACUCCAGCUGUCCACUGAGGAAUUUUAAUGAACAGAAUAGUACCAAGUAAACAGCCCUCUCCAGAACCGUAAGUCUUACAGGAGUCAUAAUAUGGUCUCUCCCCCCUGGUGUUAUCUCGCCCUUGUCUGAAGCAAAUGUUCCAGUCCCAGUAUGUUUUGUUCCAUCUCUUUCUCUCUCAUUAACAGCCUGGCAACAGUAACGGUUUGUAAUUCUCCCAGAGGAGGGGGACAUGGGCAACCUUGCACCCUUCUGCCCAUCAGAGUUGUUCAUCCUUCGUAACACCCCCAUCCUUCUAGGAAUUUUCACCAUAGGGUUAGUCCUGACGAAGGGUCUGGGCCCGAAACGUCGACAGCGCUUCUUCCUAUAGAUACUGCCUGGCCUGCUGUGUUCCACCAGCAUUUUGUGUGUGUUGUUCGAAUUUCCAGCAUCUGCAAAUUUCCUCAUUUCUGCAGACUUUCUCGUGUUUCAAAUUUUAAUGACAUAUGCCAGAGAUAUUAAAACCGAUUCUGGUUAAUGGGUUCAUCCUCCAAAGUGUCAUUAUUUAUGGAGGCCCACAAUUAGGCAUUGUAUUAUAAAGUACGAAUUUGGACAUUGAAUCACCCAGUCUCUAACAACAAACUAAAUAUGCGAUUUCAAAAGUAACCAAAGCGAGUGAGAAAAUACUCAGCAGAUCAGUUUUAAAUUUCGCGCACUGUUCCCGCGCUGAGGGCUGUUGCUUAGCGACAGACUUCUUGUUAUUCUACCAGCCAAUCAAACACCGGGAAGACGAAGUGUGUCUACCAAUCGGAGAGGAGCUGCGAUCGAGCGCUCGGUUUCAAAGGUUGGUGCGUGAGUUCGGGACUCGGCGGCCGGCCGGCGUGUUUCUUUGCGGCUACCCGGAGUCGUGAUUUUAAUUGUCAGGGUUGUUCAUCACCGGAGAAAGAUGCCGUCUCGCCUGGAAGACUACGAUCUGAUAGAGACUAUUGGCUCCGGCUCCUACGGCAGAUGCCAGAAGAUCAGGAGGAAGUCGGACGGUAAGGUCCUUGUUUGGAAAGAGAUGGAUUAUGGAUCAAUGUCUGAGGCAGAGAAACAGAUGCUUGUAUCAGAAGUGAACUUGCUUCGUGAGCUUAAGCAUCCAAAUAUUGUUCGAUAUUAUGACCGUAUUAUUGACAGAACAAAUACAACGUUGUACAUCGUAAUGGAGUUCUGUGAAGGAGGAGACCUGGCCAGCCUGAUUAGCAAGUGUAUACGGGAAAGACGGUAUUUAGAAGAAGAUUUUGCCUUGCGUGUACUUGCUCAGAUCGCUCUGGCUUUGCGAGAAUGUCAUAGACACUCUGGUCACACAGUGCUACACAGAGAUCUCAAACCUGCUAAUGUCUUUCUUGAUGUACACCACAAUGUCAAGCUGGGUGAUUUUGGUUUGGCAAGGAUUUUGCAACAUGACACCAGUUUUGCAAGAACAUUUGUUGGCACUCCUUACUAUAUGUCUCCAGAACAAUUUAAUCAUACGUCCUAUAAUGAGAAAUCUGACAUAUGGUCUUUGGGAUGUUUGCUGUAUGAACUUUGUGCGCUUACACCACCUUUCACUGCAUUUAAUCAGAAGGAGUUAGCAGAGAAAAUAAGGGAAGGCAAGUUUAGAAGAAUCCCUUUCCGCUAUUCAGAUGAACUCAAUGAUCUCCUUGGCAGAAUGCUAAAUCUCAAGGAUUAUUUGAGACCUUCUGUUGAGGAACUAAUGCAACAUUUCUUGAUUGCAAAUUUGGUGGCUGAAGAGCAGCGCAAAAUUUCAGCUGACAGAAGAAGUAGUAAAUCUCUGGAGAACGAUAAUUUCCAAGACAGUAACCCACUGAUGGCAGAGUUGAAACUCAAAGAGGAUCAGCUUCACAGCAGGGAGAAAGCUUUGAAAGAAAGAGAAGUGCUUCUUGAACAACGUGAACGAGAGCUUUGCAUCCGAGAGAGACUGGUAGAAGAAAAGUUUUCUAGAGCAGAGAGCUUACUAAAGAAUUACACCUUUUUGAAGCAACAGGAAAAACUGAAGAUGCCUGUUGGUAGGUUAGAUGAUUGCUUCGGCAUAGAAUCCUCUCCAGGGAAGAAGAAAGUUCAUUUUGCAGGAGAAAGUAAAGAGAACAUUCAUUUUAAGGAAAUUGGUGCAACGAAACAACUUCUGAAUAAACCGAAGAACUUGGAUCUGAAGAAAAGACUGCAAGCUGCCAACCUCCGAGCUAGAACAUUAUACGAAAUGGAAAAAAGUUAUCAGCUAAAGAGCAGACAACUUUUGGGGAUGCGCUAACUUAUUUUUGUCAUUGACAUUGGGGAAAAAGAACAGAUUCCUUAAAAGACUGUGAUAAAGCUAACUAUCUGUUAGCUUAUGAAAGUGACCUGCACAUGCCUGAUGACUGAAUGUUUUAGGGUUUUAAUCCCAUAUCCAGAACUGGAAAUAACAUCUGACUGUCAGUGUACAAAAACCCAUCCAUUUGCUUUAUCCAGCACCAUUACUCACUUUAACUUGUAGCAUGCUCAUUCCCUUCUGAUUUCCCUACUACACAAUUAUUCUGAACAUUUUUGGAAUUUUGCUUUUGAACCUCUCGCAGCAUAAACCACAAACCACACUGAAAUGGUCGUCAUGUUACAUCUUUUAAAUCUUUGCACUAGCACUACUGUUACACUUAAUGUGAUCAAAUAAGUUGUAAAAUAUUAUUUUCAAAAGUUUUCAUUUAAAGAGUUCUGUUUCAACUUUGUAUAUCUUUGAAGGGAUUAUUUUACCAUUUUUAUGUAUAAACUGUUUGGUGACCGA